AUGUUGCUGGAGAAGUCGUUGCCGGAGGCGGUUGCUGCGGAGGUCAAGGAGGCGGAGCUGGUCGACGGAUGCGAAGGCGUUGAUGGAGCCGCAGAGGUUGUGGGAAGGGAGGACGAUGGUGGUGACGCUUCCUCGCGUGGUCCGUGGUCCGUGGUCCGGGAGCUUAGCAUCGACACACGCAGGGUUGACAUACAAACAGGGACAUUGAUGUGGUGCCCCUUUGUCAGCGUCCUGGCGGCUCUCCUCAAGGCGGCCAUCCGAUCGGCACUCAUCCACAGGUCCGUGAAGCCGCCCAUCUUCUCGUGUUUUGGGGAUUUAGCGCUUGCUAUUGGAGAGAAUUUCGAGAAGUAUCUGAUGUAUGCGAUGUCCAUGCUUCAGAGUACGAACGAGUUGUCCGCCCGUGCGAUCGAGGCAUACUCCGGUAUAUUUUAG